UAAAUAAAAAUUUAGAUAAUUAAAUAUUAAAAAUAAAUUUUUAAAAAUGACAAAGGUUAUUUUUGUAUUUUUUCUUUUGGCAUUUUUGACUCUUGCCAAUGCGGAGGUUAAACAUCUAAUCGGGGCGGAUUGUACAAAUAUACAUGAUCCUAGGAUUUUUGAGGAUUGCCAAAAUGAUCCAUAUAUGUACGACUGUAUUGCUAGAAAAUGUUCUUCAUGCUGCCAUCCUCAUAACGGAAAUUAA